AACCCGCGGAUCUGGCAACACAGUUCUGAGGAUUCAGUCAUGUGACAUGAGUGUCAGCUGAUGUGUGAAGGAAACAGAGGAUCUGAUAGACCGCCAUGCUGAAACUGCUCGAAAGAAUAUCGCCAUCAGAGUGUCCUAAACUCCUGCACAGGGUGGUGGAUGGACUCUGUGGACGGAGUCUCCCAAAGCGCCUCCAAUAUGGGGAGACAUGGAGUCUACUGGAGUGGGGAGAUCUGAUCAGCUCAAUAAACCACUUCUUCCGAGUCGUUGUUGGGAGGAAAUGCUCAGACCAGGAGGUACAGGAAAUGCUGGGAGAUUUGGAAUCUGUACGUGCAGACGCUAUUUUGCAGUGUGUGAAUGCCAGGCAGGAGGAGAUCAGACAAGCACUGGUGGACAGAACCAACAGAAUCUGCAGUACACAACUAGAUGACUUCAACUGGCAGCUAAAACUUGCAUUAUCCAGUGAUAAACUGUCAUCUUUAAACACUCCUUUGCUGAACCUCUGUCUCGACUUGACGGAGAACGGAAUCCAGAGAGGUGUAACCAUAGAAAUGAACAAAGAAGAGCUAAACACACUCAUCACCACAUUGGAGGCUGCUAAUAAGGUGAUCCUGCAGAUGAAAUGAAUGGAGCAUAUGAGGAGCUAUGUAUGUGCAAGGACAUGGCUAAGGAGUGAGGAACAACGGUGCUUUUAAAGGACACUGCUGUGCAAAGAGGAAAAAGAAAGACAAGCAUGAAUGUGUUUAUCAGAUUUCUGUGUAUUGAGCCGAGCACAUGAGGAGGUUGCCUGAGUAAUAAGCUGUGACUCAGUGCCUCUGUUGGUUGUAUGGUGUUGACUGAGGUUUAGAUCAUUAUUUUAAACCACAUUGGAAAUAGACUGAUUAUAACAAUGUUUGCUUCAGGUUUUUUUUUUUUUUUUGUAAACACUUUCAGAAUGAGACAUCAGGAGAUUGGUAUGCAACAGUCUCCAUAUUCUUAAUGUGUUUUAAAUUUAAAUUCAGACAAGGUUACAAACCAUUUCCCUAUUCUAAAAGUGUAAAUGAGUAUAGAAGAUGUAUUGAAUUGAGCAUUGUUCCAAUGAGCAUAUGUUGAUUACUGAAGAUCGAAAUGAAUGCAGAUUAUCCCAGUCAAAGUUUCUAGUAGAUAUACCACUGCUCAUUGAGGAGUAACUAAUUAAUGUGAGCGGUGCCUGUAACAGAUAAUUAAUGAGCGUAGAACUCUUUGAUUAGAAUUUUCUUCAUCGGUUCCCCUCCCUGGUCUAGCCGUCUUCCGGGUUUCAAUUAAUUGUUAGUUUGGUUCAUUUUCCCACCACAAAGGAAACCCUGCCUGUAUGAGUAUGUGAUGGGGAAGGAAUGGAUUAUUAAAUAAACAAUUUCUUUUAUUA